AUGGCUUCCGCGUCUGUCUACAAUCCAGUCGGCUUUGACUUUUCUAACCAAGUCCGAAACCAGUUCCUCCAGGAGAAGGGCCUGCCCCUUCCCAAAGCCACUAGUACCGGUACCACCAUCGUCGGCUGCCUUUUCAAAGAUGGCAUCGUGCUAGGGGCCGAUACUCGCGCCACCGAGGGGCCCAUCGUCGCGGACAAGAACUGCGAGAAGAUACAUUACAUCACCGACUCAAUACGCUGCUGUGGUGCGGGAACGGCAGCCGAUACCGAAUUUACGACCGCCCUCAUCUCGUCCAACAUGGAGCUGCACGCGCUCUCGACCGGGCGCAAGCCCCGCGUCGUCACCGCCAUGACCAUGCUCAAGCAGAUGCUCUUCCGGUAUCAGGGCCACGUCGGCGCUGCGCUCGUGCUCGGCGGCGUAGACGCGACCGGCCCCCACCUCUUCACCAUCCACCCCCACGGUUCGACGGACAAGCUGCCCUACGUUACAAUGGGCUCUGGUUCUCUUGCAGCCAUGGCCGUCUUUGAGUCUGCAUGGAAACCCAACAUGACCCGCGAAGAAGCUCUCGACCUCGUCCGGGACGCCAUCUUCGCCGGUAUCUUCAACGAUCUCGGGUCCGGAUCGAACGUCGACGCCUGCGUCAUCACCGCCUCGCAUACCGAGAUGCUGCGUAACUUCGUCAAGCCCAACGAGCGAGUCGAGAAGGAGCAGCGAUACAAGUUCCGCAGAGGCACAACUGCGUGGAAGAAGGAGAGUAUCAAGGACCUGAUCGUCAGUGAGGAGAUUACGCCUAUCGGUGGGCAGGUCGAGGCUAUGGAUGUGAGCUGA